AUGUCCCAGUCCCAGUCCCAGUCCCAGUCCCAGUCCCACUCUCCAUCAGAGCAUGAACAUCUUGAUCAAACUCAUCCUUCCGCGCCCGUAGUUCCGGACCUCUCUGGAGCAGUUCCCACCUCUGCGGAGGCAAGGGCCAAGCGCCGCAUUGCUGCAUUGGAAGAAGAACUGGACAUCAUGAAGCAAGAAAAAGGAACGAAACAGAGAAAGACAACCUACUAUGUUGCUCAAGGCAGGGCAAUUUGCCGAAUGGCUGUCCUCUAUACUAGCUUGGAGGACUUGAUAGCCGAGAACGAUCGCAGGUGCGAUGAAGGUUUGGUGGACGGCUUCGUGGUGGACACCACCAUAGAACAAGAUCAACUGCAAUGUGGUUACAUUGCACUCUCGCAGGCUCUGCUGUGGCUGCAUCCUAAGCUUGGAGCCAUUGACAUCAAUGACUGCGAAGACAUGUUGAAAAAGCUCAAAAGAGGAGCUGAUGCGGCCCAUGGUGACGAUAUGUCCACUCUCAAGGACCUCAUCGCUGCAUGGGUCAAUCAGGAUUUUCGCCCGUCCCAUCUACUCAGGUCUGAUGACAAGCAGUUGCGAGGGUUCACACACAACGUUUGUGGGAAAUUGCUCUGCCCUGCAGAGUGGGACUGGAGCAACAACUGCGACCUCAAGAAAGGUCUCUUAAAGUCCAAGAUUUUAGUUCAGGCUUUCAAAGCCAUAUUUACGUCUCUAUCUUCUGCAAGGGAAGCUGAUGGUGAUGGUGAUGGUGCUGAUAUUAUUGAGAAUACCAGGCGCGCUCGGCGGGCAUUAAAUCCAGUGAAGGUUAAAAUGUGCGUGGCUUCGAUCAUCAACAUGAGGAAGGUAACCGCUCGCUCUAUCACUUAUGUUGUCUGUCAAGUUCGUUUCGUGCUGUCUAAUGUCUCGUCUUGGCGCACUGUCGAUGGUGACUUCAAUUAUGAAUCAUUCUGGAACAACAUCGUCAACUUCUUCGAGGAUGUCCCUGGCCCCAUCGCACAACGUAGGGUGGCCAAUCUUCUUGAAUGGUGGACCAGGAAGGUUUUCAGAAAAAACCACCACGAGGACCUAACACCGGAAGUCGUUUCGAAAAUGUCUGUUACAGCGUUGGCCGAGCAGAGAAAGGUGCUAGAGGAUUCAGUUUUUGACUCGGAGUAG